AUGUUUGCUGAAAACUGUCGAUUAGGCAGGGUUCUUCCGUCGGUGAACAUUCGAGCAAGUGUUAUUUGUUAUCGAAAAAAUCCAGAUUCGAACACUAAUUGUCCUUCGAACGCAUCAUCAACACCAACAGUUAUUCAGAUAACAAAAAUUGGACGAGACUAUCAUACAGCAUCUGUAUUAAUAGACGGAAAAGUAUUAGUAGCUGGUGGAUGUAAUGAUAACGGCUUUCAUAGUAGUACUGAAUUAUACAAUCCAACAACUGGAAAUUGGUGA